AUGCUUGACAACCCUUUGAGUGAAGAAAAACCUCCCCUGGCACAACCCGAAGCCGUCUCUUCUUGUCCAGGUCCUUUUGACUUGGGACAAGAGACCAACCCUCUUCUAACUACAACCUCCUUUCAGGCAGCUGUAGAGGGGUCUGCGAAGGGGAAGGAAACUAAAUCUGUAGAGACUUCAGGAGAGGCAAAUGCUGCCAAGGUACUUCAGGAGAGUGCGCUCUUCUUUGGAUUCAGUGUUCAGGUGGGGCCACAGAACUCCCUAGGUCUGGGACUCGAUAACGAUCUAGAAAGCCCAUUCGGGGUCACUCCUGGAGCCCUGCGCGCCCUUUCCCCCGCAAGUGGAGGGGAUGCCACCUCCGUCUCCGCCGGCGAGCGGGCGCGCCCAGGUGCGCUGAGCCGCGCCCGGGCGGGCGGAGCCCGCGGAUCCUGGCAGCCGUGGGGCCCGGAGUGGCGCUGCCCGUCCGUCCGUCCUGCCGUGCGGGUCAGUGUCUGCCCGCCCGUCCGUCCGUCCGUCCUGCCGUGCGGGUCAGUGUCUGCCCGUCCGUCCGUCCGUCGGUCCUGCCGUGCGGGCGGCACCCCGUUGUUUUCCGAGGAGUGGCGUGGGUCCGGCGCCGGGGAAGCUACUGCGCUUCUGCCGAGGCUGCCUGGGGUUAAACAUCUUGUCAACUUUGUUUUGUGCUUUUUGGUGAGUCUCCACUCCAGGCGUGCCAGGGAGGAAUUCCUUGCUGCUUCUCGAUACACCCACUUUUGGCCCCAGGAGCUGCGCCUUGGCAAAGGUGCUGCGCUCUCUUUUUCUUGCCCUGACUCCUGCCAGGCAUGGUGCCAGAUCACCAACGUGUCUGAAUCACACUCUCCUCUCCUCACCUCUAUGGAGGGGACUGGCAAUGAAACAAAUUGGAGCAUUUCCCUCCCUUCUGGAAGCAAAUACCACCUCUACAUUGGCUUGGCUUUGGCUGUAGGCUCCAGUAUCUUUAUUGGUUCUAGUUUCAUACUGAAGAAGAAAGGACUUUUGAAACUGGCAGACAAAGGAGUCACCCGAGCUGGACAAGGUGGAUAUUCUUAUUUGAAGGAAUGGCUUUGGUGGGCUGGACUGCUAUCAAUGGGAUUAGGAGAAGCUGCAAACUUUGCUGCCUAUGCCUUUGCACCUGCAACCUUGGUUACCCCCUUGGGUGCACUGAGUGUUCUAAUAAGUGCUAUAUUGUCAUCCUAUUUUUUAAAUGAGAAGCUGAAUAUUCAUGGAAAGCUGGGCUGUGUACUGAGCAUUUUGGGGUCAACAGUCAUGGUUAUUCAUGCCCCAGAGGAGGAGGAGGUCACCUCACUAGAUGAGAUGGAAAGAAAGCUGCAAGAUCCAGUGUUUGUUACAUUUGCUGUUCUGCUGACAGUCGUUGCCCUUGUCCUGAUCAUUGCUGUGGCUCCAAAGAGAGGUCAGACAAAUAUACUGAUCUACGUUUUAAUUUGCUCUCUCAUCGGUGCCUUCUCCGUCUCGUCUGUGAAGGGUCUGGGCAUUGCCAUCAAGCAGAUGCUGCAGAGGAAGCCAGUCUAUCGCCAUCCCCUGCUUUACAUUCUGGUGGGCAUCUUGGUGCUCUCAGUCAGCACUCAGAUCAGCUACCUCAACAAAGCCCUGGAUGUGUUCAACACAUCCCUUGUGACACCCAUUUACUACGUGUGCUUCACUACCACAGUGGUGACGUGCUCCAUCAUCUUGUUCAAGGAGUGGAGCAGUAUGGAACUGGGUGAUAUCAUUGGAACCCUGAGUGGAUUCUGCAGCAUCAUCAUUGGCAUCUUCCUACUGCAUGCUUUCAAAAACACUAACAUCACCUGGAGUCAGUUGAUGUCCAAUGUUGCCAAAGAACCAUCACCACCACACCGUGAAUCUGAAACCGGUCACACUCUGCUGGAGAGCAUGGAAAACCCAGCUCUGGCAUAUGAGGAGGACAACAUUUUAUUCAGUCAGUGAAACACUCAAGCGGUGUUUAUCAUCAAAGUAUCAUGAAUUGCAAACUCAGCCCACCCAUGUCUACUAGAAAGCUCUACUUUUCUGCAGUCCUCUGGAAAUUAGUCUG